AUGUCGACCAAGGAGUUGGAAGUAAUAGAAAAAAAGGGUGACAAAACGGCAAGUGAAAAUGGCAGUACUGUUGAAUUGAAGCGUGAGCUAGGUCUUUUUUCUGCUGUCAAUCUAAUUCUCGGUGUGAUGAUCGGCUCGGGAAUAUUCGUGUCACCGGCAUCAGCAUUAGAACACUCCGGUUCUGUUGCGUUAUGCCUCAUUGUUUGGACAGUUUCCGGAAUUAUAUCCUUAUUAGGAGCAUUAUCAUUCGCAGAAUUGGGUACAGUUCUUGGUAAAUCGGGUGCUGAAUAUUCAUAUUUCCAAGAAGCCUUUGGUAAAAGACACAAAUAUUGGGGUCCAUUGCCGUCGUUUAUUUGUGCUUGGAUAUACGUAGUAAUAUUGAGACCAGCAGAAGUGGCUAUAAUUGUUAUGACUUUUGCUGAAUAUGCUAUACAGCCGUUUACUUCGGAAUUACACCCUGACUACAAAAGAAUUGUCAUUAAGCUGGGAUCUCUUGCAGCUUUAUUUAUAAUGACGUACAUAAACAUCACGAGUGUAAAGCUGUUUGUGAAGGUCCAGAAUAUAUUUGGAGUUUGCAAAGUAUUUGCCUGUCUUAUUGUCAUCAGCGGUGGGAUAUAUGAAAUAGCUAAAGGCAACACAGACAACCUCAGUAAAGGCUUUGAGGGUAGCACUAACAGCGCGGGCGGCAUAGCGCUCGCACUGUACUCAGGGUUAUGGGCAUACGACGGAUGGAACAGCGUCACUGUUGUCACAGAGGAGAUCAUUAACCCUGGCGUCAAUGUCCCUCUAAGUAUAUCGAUCGCCGUGCCUCUCAUCACGGGGUUAUACGUAUUCAUGAACGUGGCCUACAUGACAGUACUGAGUUACACCGAAAUGGUCUCAGUGCCAGCAGUGGCGGUUGCCUUCGGUGCUAGAGUAUUGGGACCUUUCAGCUUUAUAAUACCACUCGGUGUUGCCAUCGCAACAUUCGGAUGCGCCAUGAGUGUGCAGUUUGGUGUUACCAGAGUAUGCUACACGGCUGCCAGAGGAGGUCAUAUGUUAGAGGUUUUCUCGUUCGUCAACAUGAAGCGUCUCACGCCUGCACCAGCCGUAGCACUUCAGGCCUUCCUAACCUCAAUAUUCAUAUCUGUGGGUAACAUAAAGACUCUCAUAGACUUCGCUAGCUGGUUCCUCUGGUUUUUCUACGGCUUGGCGAUGGUCGCGUUAUUAGUGCUAAGGAAGACUCAGCCAGACACUCCCAGACCCUACCGCGUGCCUACACUAGUGCCAUGCUUCGUAUUACUGGUGGCGAUAUUCCUGUCCAUACUGCCGAUAGUACAUGAUCCGUCAGUUAAAUAUUUAAUGGCCAUCGGGUUCAUGGCUCUCGGUGUUGUUGUGUACACCGUGUUCGUGUAUUAUAAGAAAACGCCGACAAAGUUACUUAAUAAAUUCACAUUCCUGACGCAAGUGCUCUUCGAGAGUGUGCCGCCUAGCAACCAUGAAGACUGA